GUUCGGAGCAGUCGGAGCAUUUCGAAGAGAAACUGUCAUCACAUUAUCGCAAAUGCACAUUUAUAAGAAUUUUUGUCUUUAGACUUAAAAAAAAAAUAGAGAUAAUCCGAAACCACAAUCGCUAACCUGGUGCAAAUUAGUAUUUAAGAAAUGUAUAAAUCGAAUCAAGAACCAGAUAUACCAGCAGCACUAGGUUUAUUGUCUCAUCUUGAUAAUGACGAAUUGAAGGAAUUAUUAAAUAAUGAUGGGAAAUUCGAAGAUAUCGUGAAAGAUAUAAAACAGUUCAAGGAUCUUGAGACCGAAAAGGAGAUGUUAAUGGCUAGCAACAGAUCUUUAGCUGAAUUUAACCUAUCCAAGCAACCUGAAUUGGAAGAAGGUAAACAAGUUUUAAAGGAAUUAAGUGAACAGGCUAACCAAUUGUGCUCCAGUGUCAGGGAUAAAAUAGACGAAAUGCGUAAGUUAUCCUAUGUAUGUAUACUACUGCUCUAA